ACCGGGCCGUGACCUCCAAAGUCGUGGCUGCUGGCACUCUCUUGCCGUACGUGUCCUCCCCUCACCCGACACGGCCCCGACCGCUCCGAUCACCUCCGCCGGCGUCGUGCAGUUGGUUCGCGUAUUUAAACCCUCAAACCCCUCUGAAGAUCCAGACAAAUCUUUGAUCUUUAAUUUCUCCUUUAAUGCCUUCUUCAAUGCUCUCCUCCUUCCUUUUGUAUCCGUUUUCCGAUAUUGUCGAUUGAAGUAUUUACGUACGUGCUGCAUGAUGCUGCCGGCGGGGAUCGGCGGCGAGCCGAUGGGAGUUGAGUUCGGCGGGGAUUGCUCGAGCACGGCGGCGCUGCUGAUGAGCUCGAAAACGGCUGCCGCGGAGGCAAGAGCGGUGCGGAGUCACAGUGAGGCAGAGAGGAGGAGGAGGCAGAGGAUCAACGGCCACCUCGCCACCCUCCGCGGCCUGCUCCCUUGCGCCGCCAGAUUGGAUAAGGCGGCGUUGCUCGGGGAGGUGGUGAAGCGAGUGCGGGAACUGCGGAAGAGGGUGGAGGAGGUGGAGGUGGAGGUGGCGGUGCCCGGGGAAGGAGACGAAGUCGGGGUGGAGGAGGCGGAGGCGGGAGGAGGGCAGGGGAGGGUGGUGCGGGCGUGGGUGUGCUGCGCAGACCGGCCCGGUCUGAUGAGCGAGCUGAGCCGGGCGGUCCAGUCGGUCCGAGCGAGGGCGAUGCGGGCGGAGAUGGUUACUGUCGGGGGGCGGACACGGAGCCUGCUGGAGCUGGACGUCGGCGACGCGGCGGCCACGGCGGUGACGAUGGAAGCAGGAGACGGCCGUUCGGCGCUGCAGGCGGCGCUCUGGGCUGUGCUGCUCAGGAACCAGACCGGUCCGGUCGAAAACUUCAGCAAGCGGGCUCGCAAGUCGACUCGGUUCGGCGCGACAUAAUUAAUCAGCUAAUCAAUUUCGAAGUAGGUAUAAAUAUGUAAUUAACCUUCUAUUAGUGCUAAUUAUCUAGAUUCAACUGGGCUUGGACUGGAAAUAUUAGAUAUUUUUCUGAUGAAAAAAAGUUUGGUCCGGAAGUUUAUCGAAUUCUUUAGGGAAAGUAAUCCAGAUAAUUUUGAGUAAAUCAUUUUUAUAAUUUAACCAUGUAAAUUUGCAAAUUACUUGAAAUAUUAUUUAAUUAA